AAAGACGAAACGGAGGACCCGUAUGGUGUGAUGGUGAACGCGUUAGCCCCCGGAAGAGGUAAUGGCGUGUUCGCUAUUUCGUCGUUGUACUUUGGAGGUUUUGUUGCUCACAAGGGUGCGUCUUUUCUUGAAGAGAACGAAAUCUUUAUUCCGUCCGACGAUGACGAUGAUGACUGA